UGCCGCACAUGGGGCCAAAGCCCCACCGGAAUCUCACCACGAUGGUGGCAACCUACGGACCUCUCCUCCACCUACGGCUCGGGUUCGUGGACGUGGUUGUGGCCUCGUCCAAGGCCGUGGCCGAGCAGUUCCUGAGGGUCCACGACUCCAACUUCGCGAGCCGGCCGCCGAACUCGGGAGCCAAACACAUAGCGUAUAACUACCAAGACUUGGUCUUUGCGCCGUACGGACAACGUUGGCGAAUGUUGCGGAAGAUCAGUUCCGUUCAUCUCUUCUCCGCUAAAGCCCUAGAAGAUUCCAGACAUGUUCGCCAGGAGGAGGUAGGAGCGUUCACGCGCGAGCUGGCGCGUGCAAAGACGAAUCCGGUGAACCUGAGUCAACUAGUGAACGUGUGCGUGGUCAACGCGCUGGGGCGAGUGAUGAUCGGACGGCGGUUAUUCGGAGUGGGGGCAGAUCCAAGGGCCGAGGAGUUCAAGUCGAUGGUGACGGAGAUGAUGUCACUCGCCGGAGUUUUCAACGUCGGCGACUUCAUUCCGGCGUUGGAUUGGCUAGACUUACAGGGCGUUGCGGCGAAGAUGAAACGGCUUCACAAACGGUUCGACGGUUUUCUGUCGUCGAUCUUGGAGGAGCACGAAAUCAACGGUCCUGAUGAAAACAAGAGUGAUAUGCUUUCUACUUUGAUCUCUCUCAAGGGAAAGGACCUUGACGGUGACGGAAGCACGCUCACUGACACCGAGAUCAAAGCCCUCCUUCUGAACAUGUUUAGUGCUGGGACAGACACAUCAUCAAGUACGGUGGAGUGGACCGUCGCCGAGCUGAUUCGCCAUCCGGAGAUAAUGGGCCGAGCCCAACAGGAACUUGACUCCGUUGUAGGCCGGAAUCGGCCCGUUUCUGAAUCCGACCUCCCAAACCUUCCAUAUCUCCAGGAUCCUUGCCAGAUAUGUGGGAGUGUAGGCUAUGAGGAUUUGAUAAUCACUUGUUUCCAGUGCAGAGAAGUUCGAGAGCAUAUUUAUUGCGCGAGGGUCCCUUUACCAUCCAUCCCCGACAUUUGGUUAUGUGAAGUGUGCAGGUCCUCAAAUGGCAUAAUACAAACAAUGGCUGCCAAGGAGGAUCGUACCCUCAUGGGUUUAACUAUCAAUGCAUCUGAAAGGGGCCCUGAUUUUGUCUCAAAACCCGAGAAUUCUAGUAGUGCUUGUAGGAAAAGAUCACACAAGACUAGUAAACUUAGAACCCAUAACGUGGAAGAUGUUGCAGAACCUAUCUGUGUCUCUGCUCGUAGCAGCUCAGGAUUUCAUAUGCCCUCCGAAGGGCUCGAGACCCACAAGAGGCUAGAAGUGAUGGGUAAAGAAGCUCGGGUGUUUUCAGAGCAACGGCCUCUCUCCGAGGCCUUUCCUCCACCAAGGAAAAAGGGCAGGAUGCUCCGGCUGGCAGGAAACACUUUAGGCUCUGCAGAUGUAGGAGUCAAGACCAUAGCUUGACUCUUCUCCUCUCAUCAUCAUCAUCACGUUCAUCAUCGAUUUGCCCGUAAAGAAUCUCCUCCCGCUCUUGCUGUCUUGUUUGUCAAAGCCAUUACAGUGAUGUGGUCGUUCAAGAACCUAAAGACAGUAAGAAACUACUCUCUGUUGCAGAGACAGAAGAUCAAGCUUCGAUUUUGAGACAUGGGUUUUUGCUUCAUCGUUUCGAUAUGAGACAUAGAGUCUUCGUGAGAUUAUUUUGUCUGCAGAGACAGACAUAUAUGCCUGUUCAUGAGUGUCUCGUCCUCAAGGACCCAACGCUCAAAGAUCGAAGCUUUGUGAAGAGUGUGGUAUAUGCUGUUGUUAAUUUUCUGAACCUGAAGGGUAUCAGAGUCUUUUUCGCCAGCAGAAUUUUUGCCUUGCAGUGUUUUUCCCGAUUAAUGUGUAUAAAAUAAAAUAGGCUUGUUGACUAUUA